GGCCAAUUGCCUUUUAUGUGUUCCAAACUUGCCUGAAUUAAAUAAACCAACUCACAUCCACCAAUCCAAUAACUAUAACCUGUCUUCCCGAGUGAAAGUCAAACACAUAGUUAAUUCCAUCUUCACACUACUAUAUUACUCAACAGUUUGAGCAGAUAGCUCAUCACAAAGCUCGAGAGUAGAGAGUCCGCCAUGUCAAGUCAAACUGCUCCCUCAAAUCCCACCGUUGAUCCCUACCAACUCCUCCAAAUUGCCCUCAAUGCCGACGGCACGAUCACACGACUCCAAGAAAUCCCAAACACUCCACCCACACCUGAUCCUAGCCACCCCACUCCAGUUCUCUCCAAAGACAUCCCUUUAAACCAAUCAAACAACACCUGGGUCAGAAUAUUCCUACCCAGAGAAGCACUUGAUCAUAACUCCUCCACUAAACUGCCUCUCAUAGUUUACUUCCAUGGAGGAGGGUUCAUUCUUUUCAGUGCAGCCUCAUCAAUUUUCCAUGAUUUUUGUGCCAACAUGGCAAUUGACCUCCACGUCAUCAUCGUAUCCGUCGAGUACCGCCUCGCCCCAGAGCACCGUCUGCCGGCAGCUUAUGAUGAUGCUAUGGAAGCGUUACACUGGAUCAAAACUACCCCAGAUGAUUGGCUAAGAGAUUAUGCUGAUCUAUCUAACACAUUUAUUAUGGGUAGUAGUGCUGGUGGUAACAUAGCCUACCAUGCAGGGUUCCGCGCAUCCAUGGAAACUGAUAAACUUGAGCCUUUGGUCAUCAGAGGGUUGAUAUUGCAUCAACCAUUCUUUGGUGGGUCCCAAAGGACUUCACCAGAAUUGAGGGACAAUGAUCCAAUUUUGCCACUAAGUGUUUUUGAUCUAAUGUGGGAAUUGUCGUUACCAAUUGCUGACCGCGAUCAUGAGUAUUGCAAUCCAAAGGUUGGAGAUGGGCCUCAGCUUCUGGAAAAGAUCAAGCUGCUAGGAUGGAAGGUCUUGGUGGUGGGCUGUGAUGGGGACAUACUGUUUGAACAUCAAAUUGAGCUGGUAAAACUGAUGAGAGAAAAGGGUGUGUCAGUUGUGAGCCAAUUUGGUGAGGGGGCUUAUCAUGGGAUAGAUAUGUUUGAGCCUACUAAAACUAAGGCACUUCAUGUGGUCCUUAAAAAUUUCAUAUUAUCUUCAUUGAUUGCCUAGGAAGAAUUGGUUGUGUGUGUGUGUGUGUGUGUGUGUGUGUUGGUUUGCGAUGUUAUCGUGUGCAUAUAUUUUAAUAGAAUAGUCCACAUGUCAAAAGUCUUGCACAAAGAAUAACGUUGUAAUGCUGUUGAUGUGAUUAAUGCUAUGUUGUUAUAUGUAUUGAAAAGUCAUUGUUUUGGCUUUAAUGCUGUUAAAUCAUAAAUAAAACAUCAUUUUCAUAGUUAUUGUUUUC